AUAAGUCGGUCCUAGGCUGUUAGCUUGUUAGGUUUUCCGGUCUGUUUCUGAGUGAAGGCAAGUCAUGAAGAGUGCACUCUUGCACGAUCCAACCACUGUGACGUGAGUGCAGGGAAAGCCAAGCAGUGCAUUGUUGCAGUCUUUCCCCAUUGCUGUAAAAGGAGAACUGACGCAUGGCGGAACUGUCGGAAGCCCCGAUCUGAUGGACGAUGCCCGUGCGUUGCGAGAGUGGUGCAUUCGACGUAUGCGUCACGUCACUGAGAGAGGAUCGGCGGUGGGUAAACCUUGUUGAAGACGCGUCGUUCACAUGGCUGAGGGUUGUUACGCCAGAGAAGGUGCUUCGAGAUGUCGUUGGGAUCUGUAGACUGAGAAGGGCGUGUCCACCUGGGCAGCCAGCGGGAGCCAGUGUCUUAGUACGCGGAAGGCACGCCCCGGACGCCCUCGGUUCGGUCCGGUGUUUAAGUUCCAGACAGCCUGUGUUUGGCGCACCCUUUACGCAUCUUACCAUGAGAGCAGAGUGCUUCACUGCACCGUCGUGCAAAAUUGCGAAGCUCACUCUGGGUCCAUGGUCAUCUGCGUGCACAUGUGCAGCUGCAACGCCUGACCGCCGCUACUUCCUGCACGCCCAUCAUUCCCACUUCGGCUCCAAGCCUGGGUAUCCGUCUGCGACUCAGGGAAAUCUAACAAGCCCAAGGGUUCGGUACCUUCGCAUGAGUUUGUUAUUCGCCGUUCAUCUCCGGACUUCGCAUCUUUGCGACACUGAGCAAGGAAACUGCCGAGCGGAAAGAGCAUCAGUGCAGUCCUUCCCAUCUGCCGCAGAAAGCGCGCCUCAGUGCGGUGCAUGUGAGCUUCGAGCCUUCCAGUUUUUCUCAGACGUGUAUGGUGUAAAAUUCUGCCUGCGACCACCUGCAGUGUGCUCUUGCCUCGGUAGGCUGUGUCGCUAGUCAUGACCGGAUGUAUCGCCAGCGCGGCGCUUCGUGCGGCUAUUGUCUAAUUCGGCGUUCGAAAUCUGCUACAAGCAUGUAUUGGGGUCGCGUAGAUUGGUGUUCCGAA